AUGUCGGGGCAUGGAGUCACGUUAGACACUCUUAAGGAGUGCUUUGAGUUCUUGGAAUGGUUGAACGGCGGUCAAGGUCAAAAGAACAAUGUUGUAAACGCGUUUAUGACGAAAUUGAGACCGUAUUAUGGAUCUAACUCACAAUUCAAGAAGCAAUUACAAAAUCGAUAUGUUAAUUUCGUAAAAAAUGUCGCCAGUCUACAUAAGAAAUUGUCAUCUCAGCAAGUUUCGAGACGGGGCACUUAUAAAGUAACACCAAGGGAUGCAAAUCAGAUUCUGGACGCACUUUUAGAGUGCACCCCUAAGUUCCUUGCUGCGCUUUCUUUCAUACAGUAUCACGUUGAUGCUACGUUUCGUGAUGUUGGCGGUGGGGAUUGGGCUUUACAGUCUCCUAAGUCCAGAGAUUUUCAGGAGUUUUUGACUACUGGGAAUAACAUUAUUCGUGGAGGGUUUGAUGCCAUGGAACUUGGUAAUGUAAAGGGUGGCACACUAGUAGAGGAUUUAAAAACAAUUUUAAAUAAAUACGGUGCUAGAGGAAAUCCGGUGCAUGAUCAUUUUCGAAAUGUUAUAUUGACGACAUUAGGAAAAUCGUUGGACGCUGUGAAUACCGGGAACGCCGUCUUUCUUCUGCCCGUAUUUUGCGAGUUGGUGAUUGGUGACCCUGACGGCAAUAAGUACAAAUCGUCUGUGGAAAAAGCCAUUGGAACUAAUACAAUAUGUUGGACAGAUUUAAAAGAUCAUUGUCAACUUCUGAAAGAACACAUCGAUCAACUGACGGCCGCAGGAUUUUCUGCUACCGGUAUAGCGUUUAAACCUAAAGAGCCUGUUAAAUUUGUUACAAAGGCCGCCGAGUGGUGCAAAGCGAACUUGUCAAAAGCCGCAGGCGAAUUAGGUAAAAUGAUACCUCCGUCAAUCAGAUCGACGGCUGAGCUGCAAUCAUAUGCCAAGGAUAAACUAUACCCCAAUGGGUUCAUUUUCGACGGGAGUAAACCGAGAGUGUGGGCCAAAUCAUCCAAUUUAAAUAAAUGGGAUCCUAUAUUCCAAAAGUUCGUCCAGCUGGAUGAGACGUUGCGAACGCUCAAGGAAAUCUUGGAAGGAACAUACAACAAGUCAUGCACAGCGCCGUCCUCCCCUAAACCACAGCCCUCCCAUGUUAAGGUCCCCGAGGCUCCCAAGGAAGUUGUGCCGGAGAAGAAAGUUCCAGCUUCGCCUGGAACCGAGGCCGUCAAACCUGUGGUCACCAAAGCCGAGGCUGCGAAGCCGACUGCCACUAAAACCGAGGCGACUAAAACGGAGGCUGCGAAGCCCCAAGCUAAGAAUGCUGGAGGAAGUACAGAUCAAAAUACUAGUCAAAGUGGAGCGAAACCUGGAACUUCAUCAGUCGGCACACCUUCAUCUCCGCAUCCCGGUGGUACAGGAGCUCCAGGGCCUCCUGGUACAGGGACUACAAAAUCUUCUCCACCUAAAGAUACUGUUCAAAAGCAACAGUCUCCAUCUCCACCCCAACCAGCGCUUCCACCUGCAGUCUCUCCCCCCGGUGCUCCUGCAGCCGCUGGCUCCCCUGGUAAGCCGGGUAGCGGGGGCGGGAGUACAAAAGGCGGUGGUGAUGCGGGUCAAAAGGCUGCCGCCUCUCCAGCUCCGAAACCUCAGACUCCCAGUGAUACAAGUUCACGCCCUCAGUCAUCUGUUGUCCCUGCUCCGGAUGGUGUCCCUAGCACCGGUAGUGGUCAGGGUCUUCCUGGAGCUGUUCAACCGGGUGGUAAUGGGCGGGGUAAGGAUACGCAGGGCGGUGGUCUUAAAACUCAACAGCCUGCUGGAUCUCCACCUACUGCCCAUCCACAGACUCCAAAUGUUCAAUCUGCAGGCUCCCCGUCACCUGGUGUCCCUGCUCCCGGUGGUGGUUCGGGCACGAGUGGUACGGGGUCCACUUCAGGCGCCACUCAACAAAGUGGUCCAACUACAUCGCAGAAUUCCACUGUCGCUACUACUACGACAUCCGCUGGCCCGGGUACUGGCGCGGGUGGCGGAGCUGGAGGGGGUGGGAGUUCAAAUUCUCAAACUCAGGCACAGUGCCCUUCUCAUAUGAGAUCGGAGCGUAAAGGUACUGAAACAUACUGCCAUCCAAGUGUUACGUUAACACGUCGCCCUGAUUUCAAGGUCAGUAAUCCCGAUGAGGUAUGGAAUGCAAUCCAGUCGAAAACAUUGCCAAGCUAUAUAACUACCGCCGCUAAUAACCAUACGACUACGCAGUACAAAACUGUCUCGACCAGUGUCAAUCACCCCAACCACACUACUCAAGGAUCUUUCCAGCAUCCUACCGAUGGACGUAAUCGUCAUGCGAAGCCAUACUACGUUCCAGCAGAUGGUAGACCCAGGAAGGGUGUCAUGGGCAUAAGGGAUGUUCCUUCUCUAGACUUCGACGGUGAAUCAAUACCGGACAAGUCUUUGAAACGUGUACAACAGGAAAUGCGCAGAAAUGGAGAAUUGGGUAAAAAACGCGUGGCUGUAAAAGUGCGAGCAAAGCAUGAUCAGGCGUUGCGUGACGUACAAGACCGAUGGAAUAAAGAUGCCGAGAAGAUUAAAACGGAAGAUAAAGAAUGGAGAAAACGACAAGAAGCGGGAAAAUUACUAAAGCAGUCCGAUGAUUAUGCUAUAGUGCAACAGGAGAGAAAGAGGGCGGCCGCAGAGGCGUUGCAAAAAAAGUUGGACGAUCACCGUAUAGCACAAGAAGAGGAAUUGAAGAAAAUACAAAGCGCUCCAUCCGUAGAUUUAGAUGGAUCUCAGCCUAUCUAUCAAUAUCCAUAUGUCAUUAAUAACCAUCAGGACGACUUUUUGUCAAUGUAUUCCGUUGAUGGCGGUGUAAUUCCGGAUCCGUACAAAGAUCAGAAUGACAGUGAACGUAAACGCAAAAGUGAUGAUGCACUUCAUGAUAUCCUUACUGAAAAACAAUUGCAACUUGCACUUAACUUGGAAACAGAGCAAAAAUUUAAAGACGCACGUGAUGUGGAAUUACAAAAAUUUCUACAUCAUGUUCAAGAUCAGAGUACGGCUGCAGAAGGGCUUGUGUCUGGUAAGAUAGUUACGCCAUCACAACCCGAAUCCUAUAAGUACCAAGCCUUUACAGUUGCGGAUGGUACACCUAUGGUUGAUAAACGCCACUUACAAGAAGAUGAUAUCGGCAAGUUGCAACGUAAAUCGGCAGGUGAUGAUUGGAAUGAUUAUGUUCAGCGCCGAAAAGAAAGCCUAGACAAGGAAGAAAAACGCCAUAGGGAUGAAGUUGCCAAAAAGAACUCAGACGCAAUUGAGGCGAUUAAGAGCAUGGGUAUCCCACAAGUCAUUACGGAGCAUGCCCCGAGACGUCCCUCACCAAUUUUAUAUGAACUACCGCAUUUCGACAUUCAAGUCGCCAAACAUACAUUGCCAGACGACGAUCUCGACUUCGAUUUGGAUUUCGAUGAUGACUCAACCCAUAUUACAAAUGAGACGCCAACUGACUUCGUAGAUCCACCAUUUCCAGCAAUCUCAUUCAAUAUACCGCCUCCGGGGCCAGAACAACCCUUGCCACCACCCGAAGAUUUCAGUCCAGAUAUUAUCAGUCGACCCGACCUUAAAAUGUGCAUUGCCCCGUGGAUGAAUCAGACCAAAACUGGAGACUCCCCCGACAUCCCCGAGACAGAGCUGUUCCCAUCGCAGGCCCCGCGCACUGUCCGGGAUAUGCUCACUUGGCUCGCAGGGCUUCGGAACCCAAAGCAUCACGAUACCCUGAAACAAUGUAUUAAAAGGGCAUUUGGUGGCUUACAUGACGACCCUUCACAGCUUGCACUUUCCGUCAACGGUUCUUACGUCCGACCCACAGAUGUCUUCGACAUACUCCAGCUUACCGCCAUGUUUGCAGGUUCCGUGCUCACCGCUAUCGCACCUAACUGGAGAGCUAGUGUUGCAACAAGAACUGUGCAGCCUAAGUCAUCCGAUGAGCCUGAUUGCUGCGCCCUCCUCUGCCAGCUGCGGGACUACGUCUACGCCUGCUGCCACCAGUUGCAGUUCCUCAAGUCGCAAUGUAGUCGGGACAAACUAAGUGGCGGGUGGCAAGAUUGUGGGUAUGGCAGUGACAUCACUGCUUCCAAGUCCCCCCUCCAGGCGUUCCUGACUGACGGCUGGGACUCCGACUUCGACACUCACCCCUUCGACCCGUGCAACCUGUGCCACAAGAGCAGGGUCAGGAUGGGAUUUCAGGCGAAUGACUUGCCUAAGUCAUCGCAACAAGGCAGUGCCAUUUCCUCCAUCCUCACUCCCAGCUGCGGCGGCGAUGACCCCUUGCUGACCUUGUGCUCCUACCUCAACUGCCUCACCAGGCGGACGCCGCGCACAACCGGGGAGUUGGUGUCGUUCUUCCAUCAUUUCGGUAUCGAGUUGCACGAUUUCGAUCAGAGUAAGUUGUCCAAGCUUGGCACCUCACUCUGCAAUCCACACCCCGACUGCCCCGACUGGGACCGUCUCAAGAACUCUUCCCUCCACGCCGUCAAAGGCAUCCGGGGUACCGAGGCUCUCAUAUCCAAACACAACUCUAACCACAACAACGAGCAUCCCCGUACGCUGUCCACACUGGUUGGAUGCAGCAGUGCCACUGCCAACUGCCCCCAGCAUUGCUCGCCAAUCACCUACCGGGCCUACGCCCUGUACUCCCAGAGCUUCGCCCACACCUACCUCAGCUGGACGGUGUACCUGCCGGACAGUCUGCGGGAGUCACUCGAAAAACUACAUUAUGAUCUCAAGAAGCACGUUAGUAUCAAGUGUUCAUCGCUUUACUUGUGUUCCACUGCCCUUCCCCUCCUCUACACUCACGGGAUCACGCCGCCGGAGAUGGGAUUGCAGUCACCACUCAAAUGUGCAGACGUCAUCUCCAAGCUGAAGGAAAUUGUCAACGGUGGGCCUAUCGCAUCACUCAUGACUGCCAUGGACAAUUUCCUCUACAACAUCCGGGAGCCAUUCAUCUUCACCCUCGUCGCACUGUGGUCCACAGCAUUGCUGGUCCUCGCCAACACGAUGCUGUACCGCCUGGACGUGCUCCACAUCCGAUCACACCUUAUUCGCACUAAGGCUUCCCACCACAUCGACGUCAAGGCCUUACUCACUAAAGGACGGAAGAUGUUAUCACUUUACAAGGACGUCGACUACUUCGACGAGGACCCUAUUGGUCAACUUGCUCUUUAA